CAUGUCGGACGUUUGUAAUGUGGUUGUGAUUGGGGCCGGAAUAGCCGGUCUCUCCGCAGCCAGCCGAUUGUUCGAGGCCGGAUACAAGAAUACCGUGAUUCUAGAAGCAUCUGACAGGAUAGGAGGUCGGAUCCAAACUGUUCAGUUUGGAGACGGCCCCUACCCGGUGGAGUUGGGUGCCAACUGGAUCCAUGGCUCGUCUCUCAGCAACUCUGUCUUCAAAGUCGCCGACACCAUCGGUGCGCUUUCUCCGUACAGGAUACUUAAUAGAGCCAGCAGCAGAUUUUUGCGUGAAGACGGAACGGAAAUCGAGAGAGUGACAGUUGUAAAAGCAUACUACAUUUAUAAACACGUCGAAGAAGAGCUCUACAACAUUGUGUUUGAAACAACCCCGAGCGGUAGUGAUAGGACAUUUCUUCCUCUUACGCAAUUUCGUCAAAGACUGAAAGAAGAAAGAGAAAACCUUGUUGGGACCACAAGUCAGAGUGAUUUGAAUGACAUAAAGUUGGUACAUAACGCGCUGGAAAAUUACUUGCGCUUCCAUGAAGGGGAUGAGCUAGACCGAGUGGCAUGGGAGCUGGGGGCGAGCUCAUGGGUGGUGCCCGAGGGUGGGGAUGUACAUAUUCCCGGUGGGUACCGGCAGGUGCUCGAUUACAUCAUCAGAAAUAUCCCAGCGGAAGCGAUACGUUUUAAUUCCGAGGUGGAAAGGGUCAGCUAUAGCCGGGAUGGUGCUAAAGUUCGCGUUCAGACUGGUGAUGGUCAUGUUAUUAAAGCAGAUCACGUAAUUGUUACAUGUUCUUUAGGAUACUUGAAAAAACAUCAUACCAGUAUAUUUGAUCCUCCCCUACCAAAGACGAAGGUCGCAACAAUCGAAUCCAUGGCUAUGGGCCGAGUGAAUAAAAUAUUUCUCGUGUUUGACAGGCCAGUCACAGCACCAACGUACAAAAAUAUUGCACUGGCUUGGGAGAACACGGACAUUGGUGAUGAUAAACGUCAUUGGUACAGACGAAUAUUCGGUUUCGACCAGGUUUUUACCAAAACCAACACAAUUAUCGCCUGGAUUGCUGGUGACGGUGCCGAACACAUGGAAUCACUUACAGAUGAAGAAAUUGGCAACACGUGUGUGUCAGUACUACGGCAGUUUUUGGGCAAUCGAAUUAUACCAGCACUAAAAAGUAUCCGCGUGUCCAGGUGGUGCUCGAACCCAUAUACCCUCGGUUCCUACAGUUACCAAACCCCGCGACUGACUCGGGGUGAGCAAGAAGAACUGGCUCGACCAGUCAGGGCCUGUGAAGGGAGGCCCGUUCUCCUGUUUGCCGGUGAGGCGAUGGCGAACGGCUGCACGCACGGUGCACGCGAUACAGGGCUUAAAGCAUCAGAAACGCUCAUUUCAUUCUAUGAGCGAAAACAAUGUAAGGCUAAACUGUAACUUCACGAAUGAAUCAAGUUUCUUCGAGCGCAUCUUGGAAGAAACGUUUACUCUUUAGUAGCUGCGUAAAAUAAAUGUAUGCUUUAUACAUCUUAAACCCUUUACUGGCCUCUUUUCCCGGUUUACCUUUCCCUUGAUGUACCUUGGUUAUAUAAAUUCAUAGAAUGUGUUAAAUGCUUUUAAUAUAUAUGAAUUAAACAUUACAAUUAUUUUGCCCAUGAUAUUCUUGAAUUCCAUGGAUUCAUUUCAAUACUUAAUUAAUAUACAUGUUUUAAAAAUCACUGAUAACAAUUAAGAUGUACAAUACUUUCGAAAGGACUUGAACGACGUACAGGAUAUUGUAAGUGGUAGGUAUGUUAAAAUCCUGCAUAAAAUCUCAUGUGCUGUACAAACACAUAAUUGUAGACGCAUCGAAAUCUAGCAAAUAGUUACUUAUUACCAUG